CGGAAUCUCCUCCCUUCAGGUUAAAAGCAAACGCGAGUAGCAGGCAGGUGUUAAAGAGCCGCGCUGUUGUCAGAGUUUCACGUCGUUCCGUUUGCAGGUGAAGCUACAAAAUGAGCAGGUUUUCAAAUGGAAAGUCCUCCUCUCUCCUGAAGGACGGCAGCUGGAUCAAAAAAGCAGACGAUGAGGAAGAGGACAUCGACCGAGACCCAAACUUUGGCAGAUCUGUUCUGAGCCAACGCAGCGAAACCACUGUUGGUCCGGAUGGAGGAGAAGUUAAAACCACCGUAACCACGAAGAGGUCAACAUCUGUGCAGGCUCUCACCAAGAGAUUCAGUGGAAGUCAGGAUGAGCUGAGGAGCGGUAGCAGCGCCCUCCCUUCCAGCCCGACUACACCUACUACCAAGAGUGUCCCAGCGGUUCAAAGUCCCACCACGAAGUUCACUGACCGCGUCAAGUCUUCAAGCAAAGGGUCACUGUACACAAGCUACUCACCUACCAGGACCACCAAAGAGCCCGAGACGUCUGUUUCCAGCAGUAACGACGCUGAGAACAAACUUUAUGACACUCUCAUCCCCUCGGCGAUCAAGAACAGUUCCUCGCCCACGGACAGUAAAACAAGCGUCUUUACGUCUGAGAGCGUGACGGUGAAAAGCAGCCCUGCCGCCAAGGACAAACCUCUUACAACACUCGUCCCGUCUUCUGGCAAGGAAGUUUACUCGUCCACAGAGAGAAAUAGCACUAAAACUACAACCACAACAACGAUUUCCUCUAAGCCUGAGGAUGACUUGUACGGCACCCUCCUGCCUCGAUCCAUCACGGAUGUAUCUGACCCGCCGUCUUCUCUCAGCAGCAGCAGCAGCAGCAGCAGCAGCAGCAUCACCACGAAGAGAGAGGUCAUCACGGUGGAGAGCAGCCGAGGGGAUAAAAGCCCAAGUCUGUCAUCGCCGACCUCCACCAGAACCACCAGCUACAGCUCGUACACUGAAGAUCUUCCCUCCACCCGCACCACAUCCUACACCAUCAGCACCACCCCCAGUGACGACUACAGCAGCUACUCUUACUCCAGACCCGAGUCCAGUUACGAGUACAGCAGCAUCACAAGUCCGUCCUCCUACACCUCGACGUCCUACCGGAGCGGCAGCAGGUCGGAUGAUUCUGAUCAAAUAUACUCAUCCUCCACGAAGAGUGUGUACGCUGCUCCUGAGAGGGCGGUGCUUGAAAAAGACUUGUGCACUUCCUGCCGUCGGCCCUUCAACGGGGAUGCCAAGAUGGUCCUGGAUGACAUGAAAAUCAACUGUCACGCUUCCUGCUUUAAGUGCGAGGUGUGUAGCAGCACGCUGGGUAACAUGAAAGCCGGCGACAGCAUGUGGAUCUACAAACGCAUGGUGCACUGUGAAAACUGCUUUGAGAUCGCCAGAGGUAAAUGGCGGCGCUGAGUUUCUCCCGAGCCGGAGAUAAACUACAUGGGAUUGCAGAUUUGAUUGAUUAGUGUUAAUUGGGUUUUUUGGGGUGAAAAAGGUUGUCCUGUACUUCUGUUUUUAUAUGCUCACAAAUCUUUAUCUAGGUGUUCUGAAUAAUGACAAUUCUACUAUGAAUAUAUAUAACAAAUGCAGCUCCAUGUAAGUGUGCUGUUGACAUCGUGAUAUUGCUGUCUUUGUACCUAAACCUUUUCCCUUGAGAUGGCACGUAUGAUAUUCUCUCAAGUCUUCUGACCUUGUGGGAUUGUGUGAUAUGAAAAGAGAUAUAUGCAAUUUAUAGGGCCGGGGGCUUUUUCUGUGUGCAAUAAAGGCAAAAAAGUGUCUGAUCA